UAAUUUCAUGUGUCCUCUUUACCUGUAGGUGGCAGCAGUAGCUUAUGGAGCACCGAGAAAGCUGCAGAGUAAGGAGUAGUGGAGAAGUAGAUAAUGGAGGAAGAGUUAUGUUAGGAACUAAUAAAUUAAGGGAACGGAUUGAAGAGAGGAAAAUGAACAACCACAGCUCGAGGCCAUUAGAAGAAAGGAAUGAAGAGUGAAAUGUAUAAAUAUAUAAUCAAGACAAAAUGUCAUCGUUAAAGGGAGUAUGGAUAAAAGAAAAAGGGAGGGUAGAAGACGACUGGUUUGAUAACGACUCAUAAACAGGGCAAGAAAACAGGAAAAAACUAAGGAAGAGAGAUGUGGAGGACGGGUGCAUUAGUUCCAGUCCGUGUUUAUUUCCUGUAACAAUCGAUGUCUCUGGUUGUGAUUGGACAGACUGGAUCCCUCCUCUCUCUCUCUCUCCCUCCUUCCUUCACAGCAGUCUCCUCCUCUCUUCUCUCCUCUCCUCCUUUUCUUCUCUCCCCGCUUCCCAGGGUGUAAAGAUGCUUCCUCCCCAGACUAAGGAUUUAUAAUUCUCUCCUUUCUCCUCUCAAGAAUAGAAAGUGAGUUGGUACCAAGGGUGGAAUCUUCUACCAUCACCACAACUCCAAACUCCAGGAAUACAGCGAUUAAAGAACUUCCGAAGUCGGUGUUCUGAAAAGCUUCACUUGCCUUGGGGGCCUCAGACCUUCAUGCGUCUCCCAACGACAGAGUCCACCCACACCUCCACCAUCUCCACCAUCAUCCACCAGACAUCCUCCACCAUGAGCUGUGACAGAGAGUUCGGAGAUGGAACCACAGGAGUCACACUCACACUGAGAUUACUCAUGCACGGAAAGGAAGUAGGGAGCAUCAUUGGAAAGAAAGGUGAAACUGUGAAAAGAAUACGAGAAGAGAGCGGCGCAAGGAUUAACAUCUCUGAGGGCUCAUGCCCGGAGCGCAUCAUCACAAUCACGGGACCAACAGAGUGUGUGUUCAGAGCCUUCACCAUGAUCGUCUUCAAAAUGGAAGAGGACCUGACGGCGUUAGUGGCCAAUGGCACAGUAACCAGUAAACCUCCCGUCACACUGCGCCUUGUCAUUCCAGCGAGUCAGUGCGGUUCGUUGAUUGGCAAAGGCGGCUCAAAGAUCAAGGAGAUCCGAGAGUCGACAGGUGCUCAGGUGCAGGUAGCUGGAGACCUCCUCCCGAACUCCACGGAGAGGGAGGUGACAAUAUCAGGGAGUCAGGAGGCCAUCAUUCAGUGUGUGAAACUCAUCUGCAACGUCAUCUUAGAGUCUCCACCUAAAGGAGCAACCAUCCCGUACCGACCCAGUCCAACUCCUGGGACGUUGCUGUUGGCAGGAAACCAGGUGUUUGAAGCAUCAGACUUCAGCUCUCACCCCUUGUUCUCAGUGGCUCAGGCAGGAGUUGACCUGCAGCAGGCGUAUGCAGCCCAUAAUCACUACAGUAUCCAACAUUCAGAGUUAGCGAAGCUUCACCAGAUGUCGCUGCAGCAGCAGAGUCUGGCCUCCAUUGGCCAAUCAGCUACGCCCAUGCUGUCUGGUGGUGUUGAAGCCCCUUCUCAGACAUCAUCACAGGAGCUGCUCAUUCCAAAUGAUCUGAUUGGUUCAAUCAUUGGACGCCAGGGCACCAAGAUUAAUGAGAUCCGCCAGGUUUCAGGAGCUCAAAUCAAGAUUGGUAGUCAGAUUGACGGCACCACUGAUCGCCACGUCACUAUCACCGGCACACCCAUCGCCAUCAACCUGGCGCACUACCUGAUUACUUCAUGUUUAGAGACGGCUAAAUCAACUGCCCACUCCUCUUCCUCUUCCUCCUCUUCCAUGCCGCCUCCUGUUGACCUCACCAUGAGCUACCCUGCCUCUGCCUCGUCCUCCUCUCCUACCUCCUCCUUUUCCUUCUCUAGCUCCUCCCCCUCCCCUUCACUGGCAGCCGUGGCAGCCACGCUGCCCCACACUCCUGUCCUGGGUUCUCCCUAUGCCUUCCCGUUCUCCAGCCUCCUGGGAGUCAAGUCCAUCCCAUACCUGGCCCUUUCUGGCGCUCCUGCUUCACCGGUAAUCCCAGGAUCUGUGGCGGCUGCAGGAGUCCCCGUUCAGGCACACGCCACAGCUGCGGCAGCACUGGCGUCCUACACAGCCAAGAUUUCCUCCUCAUCUAACGGGAUGAAGAAGCCAGAGCGACAGAAGUUUGCUCCGUACUAAUGCAGGAGGAUGGAUACAAGCUGUAGAUGUCACCUUUUAAGAAAGAGGGUUUUUUUUAAUUAUUAUUGUCUGUGGUUUUUAGGUCACUUUUUUUCUCUUUUUGUAUUAGAUUUGUCUGAACUGUUAAAGUGGGACGAGUGGAAAAUACAGUGGAAGUUUUUACCAUUUCCUUUCCUACAUUGAAUUGAAAGGAAUUCUUCAUAUAUACAUGAGUUUUUGGCUCUUAUUUUAGUCUUUCAAUGCUUACCACAAAACAUUUGGUGUUAUGAUGACACCACUUGAUGUUUCCUGGUAAAAAUAUACAUAUAUAUAUUUUUGGGUUUUUGUCUGAUGGACAUUCAAAUUUGUUUGUGCAAUUUUGCCAGUUUACAAUUUUGUUUGAUUUAAAGUGCUGUGUCUGAGUCACAGCAGCAGUUAGUAGAUAAAAACAUUUGUUUUUCAUUUUGUCGCUGUCAUCAUUUUCCAUUAGUCCCACUAAACCACGUUAUUUCGUUUUAUGACGUCGCCCUCCUCAGGUGUUUUUUUUUUUUUUUUUGCAGUGACACUACAGUGGUAAAUGUUCAGGGGUUGAAGCAUUUUGAUCAAAGCCAUAAAGACUUUUGUGCUUGUUUACUCUCUUAUAUACACAAAAAUAUUUAUGAACUAAUAUUUAAAAUAUUCUCUCAGAGACUUUGAAUCACUGUCACUAACACUGAGCGGAGACAGAGCCAUUUCUAUGACUGUUUCCUCUCAACAUCCUGUCUAUCUCCUUUUUACUUCCUACCUAACUUUUAUCUACUUUGUCUCUCUUGUUUAUAUAUGUUCAUGUUUUUUCUUCAUUUUGGUCACACUUUAUAUUAAGGUAAACAUUUUAACCAUUGAAAAGUUCUAGCCAUUUUUAAUAGACUUUUAUCAGUUCAUUUCAACUUUUGUGUUCUUGAAACAUCAAUUAGUAACUAUUCUAUGAGCAACUCUUAUUUUCUUAUUAGUUACAUUUUAUUUUCUGAUUACUGUGAUUAAAAUAUGUGAAGUUUUUUGCCUUGUUUAAAGUUUGUUCUGGGCUUACUUUUAUUUAUACUGAUGUAGAUUUUUAUUUGUUUUGACCUAAACCAAAAAAAAAACUGAUCUAUGGUUGGCUAACCAUACGCUUUAUCUAAGCUAUCUUUUAUACGUCUUUUUUGUAAAAAAAAAAAAAAAAAAAAAAAAAAAAAAAAGUUGAUGCUUAUCAUGUGAAUCUAAAUAUAAAGUGUUACCUAUUUAACAGGUUUAAACAUUUUUUUUUUCUACUUCUACUCCAUAGUUUUGGUAUUUAAUUUGAUUUUUUUUAACUUAUUAAUGCAAUAUUAUAUUAACAGUAUUGGACAGAUUUAUGUUUUGCCAGCACCACUGCAGAUGAAAAAUCUCUAAACUGGAUUUUUUUUGUGUGGAAAUAUUUAUGACAAUAAUAAUAUAAUAAUAUAAUAAUAUUAAUCACUGUAUCAUGAAUGCAAAUUAUGUUCUGAAGAGCUGUGUUUACACACAAUCACAUCUUUUGUGUUCUUUGUUGUUUUUUUCUAUUCUUUUCUUUUUGUUAUACUGUAUUUUUGCACAUGUGCGACUUGAAUUAUUGUCUAUGCAAACACUGUGUUCAUGCUCGGUUUCUCCAGGCUAAAAAAAAAAAACUAUGUCACAGAUCCGACCAACAAGGCCUCUUUGCUGACCCUCAGUGACACCCGGUCUAAUACAAUCAUACAAUGUCUGGAAAGUAAAUAUUUAAGAAGAAAAACUAAUAAUAUUAUGAAUUAAGUGUACUCUAUUUGUUAGUUGAUGCAAGAAUGUCAUUUUAAUUAACUAAUUAUGCAGCUUGCAAGCUAGCUAGUUUUUCUGACACUCUUAGCUGUUGUUUAGCCACUGUGAAAAGCACCUUGCUAAAUUUGGCUAACUGCCAAUGUGUAAAGAAAAUAGAGAGGAUGCUGAGAUACACAGUCAGGAUAGUAAAGAUAAUAGUUAACUAAUUAGAAUAACCUGCUGUAAAACUAAUAUCUAAGCUUUUGCCUUAUGAUACUGACUGGUUGAUUUAAAGGACAAAGUAUGCUACAAUAAACAAUUGGGCUUUUUAUUUAAUGUGCAAAUUAGCUAGCAUCUUUACAACCAUUUGUUUUUCAGAUAUAGAAUGUUUCUGUAAUCAGCUUAAUAAUCUACAGUUGUUCCCAACUAGAUGGCAACACAACUUUUAUUUAAAUGUUAUGAGGAUAUUAGUGGGCUGAACAGCCACUGCAUUGUUGUAGGUAAUUUGAUGCCAGAUUUGGAGCAUUUGGCAAACUAUCAGACGUAUUCCUGUCACCACCUGAGGCAGCAACAGGCACAUAUCAUUUCACUUUCGCAGUGAUUGAUAUUUAAUUGCACUUGAAAAAUAAUACGUUUUUUUGUUGGCAUGCCAGGCAAACAUUUUUUGUUUUUACAUUAUUAAACAGUGAGUACAGACAUGUAGUCAUGUCACGUUUUAUUUAAUACCUAAACAUAAAUAAAAUACUAAUCAAUUGUCAAAUCGUCUGCUUCCGGUUUCUUCAACAUAUCACUUCCUGUUCCUGCACCGCGUUUGAAAUGAAUGAGAAGCAAGUGGAAAAGAAGGUAAGUCACGUGAUAUUUAACAUUAAGGUGACUACUUUAGAAAAACGAACGGAGGACAAUGUGUGAAUAUCUUCAGGCGAUGUUCUUUGUAUUAUGCUUUUGAACUUUUGUGUUUUUAACUCAGUUGAGUUUGCGUUUCCUGCAAUUCACAAAUGGAAGACGAUUCCUUCCCCGUUUAAUAGCAAAUCUACAGAAGAAAGGGACUUAGAGGGGUAAUCCAGAGUAUAAACUAAAAAAGAAAAAUAAUAAUGUUAACAAGAAUGGAUCGCUGAAUCGCCGGAAAUAGAAGCAUGGGCUGACGUCGUCAGCAAACCGCUAAUAAUAAUAAACAAUGAACUAAGAUGGGAUGUUUUUAACAUAAUCUUGAUCAA